AUGCCUCCGCAUCGGCUGGUGGUGAAGCCUCUUGCCAAGCAGCUCACCAUCACAGCCGUCAUCAACGGCCGCAAACGCACCCUCGUCGACACGUCGGAUGCACUUCAGCUCGCAGAAACCAACUACCCUGUCCGAUUCUACUUUCCUCGCGACGCACUGCAAUGGUCCUUUGCGCUCAAGGCCAGCAAUCACAAAGACACCUACUGCCCUUACAAAGGCUUCGCUCAGUAUCACGAUGUCGCUGAAGCCGGCUCUCGCAUUCAGGAGCUCAACGCUGCCAUCUGGUCCUAUUCCAAUCCGUUCAUCACGAGCGACGCAAUCGGCGUCAAAGGGCACUUCUGCUUGGCAGCUCCCAGCGAUCAGUUCCAGGUGAAAAUUCAAGGCCGCAACAUCACCGCAGAUGACGCUCGCACAAUCAACCAGCAGCUCCUAGCAGCAUUUCCCUCUGACGUAGCGUCUCCUUCCUUGCCUCGCCAGGUGAUGGAAGAAGGCUCAAGGUCCCGUGCCACACAUCGUCCCGCCGGCGACACCCUUCGUCCUCCCGUCAUGCAACGCUCGGCGAGCACUGGCUCCAACGCACCUCCUGAAGCAUUCCCUGUCGCACGUCCUCUCGGCGGUGAGCUUGAGAUCGACUCGACCAACCCUGUCCUUGCCGACAUGCUCUAUCGACUCGACGAUGAGGCCAGAGACGAAGAGCACCGUCAAGAUUCCGGCGCUCCCGCCGCUGACGGCUCUCAACCACCUGAUGCGGCUGUCAUUGAUGAUCACUUGCUCUGGUUCAAACACCAACCUUGGUACCGCAGACCAUCUGAAAAGUGGCUGCGUCCUUUUGCCCUUCUCAUUGCCAUGGCAGGCGGCAUGUGCAUGGGUCCCAAGCUUGAGCUGCUCAACAUGUUUGUCUGCGAAUCCAUACUCGGAGACACAUAUGUGGGCGGAGGUGAUGUCAUUGCCCCAAGACCGCCAACCAACUCUUCUUUGGGGCAUGCUCAGGCUGGACACGAUGCCUCGCUCCAUCCUAUCCACUUCGACGACUUUCAACCUUGGCAUGGCUCGCGGGUGAGCGCCUCCUCCGACCACGACGCAGUCUCAGCCUACUUUGCAGCGCUAGAUCAACCCAACUCAACCGUCAUUCCCGUCCCAAGACGCCCAAGCAAGGCGUGCUUUGCCAGUCCCGAGGUUCAAUCCUCGCUCGCCACUCUGCAGCUUCGCAUGACCCUCUCCAUGGGCAUACUCGCCGCUCUCACCACGGGUUUCUGGUCCAAUCUUUCCUCCCGAAGAGGGCGUCUCUUCGUCCUCCGUAUCUCGAUGACCGGCAUCAUUUUUGCCGAUUUCGUCAUGCUCACAACUUCGAUCGUGCCGCGCUCCAGCCUCCCCUUUGGCUACAGUUUUCUCGUGCUGGGGACCAUUGUCGAAGGCUUGUUCGGUGGAUACAGCGCAGCUAUUGCCGUCCACCAAUCGUACAUUUCGGACGUCACUCCGAGCGGUACGCGGGCACACAUCUUUGCGCACUACAUGGGAAUCGUCUACGCCGGUCUUGCGCUCGGUCCCACCUUGGGAGGUUUGCUUGUGAAGCACACGGGCAAUCUACUUGCGCCCUUCUGGUUCGCGCUCGGCAUGCAUCUCCUCUACAUACUCGGCGUCUUCACCUUCAUCCCUGAAAGCACGAGCAAGGAUUUUCGUGCAAAGGCACUGCGCGAGUACAACGAGUCGCGGGCUGAGAUCAAGCGCAAGGCCGACGAACGCAAGACCGCCGAGCUCCAGCCUCUUCUUCGCGCAUCCGCGGCAAACGGGGAGGAGGCGAGGCCCUUCAAGAAACGCGCUUGGAGGCGUGCCAAGGUCAUGUUCUUGAAUAGCGUCUUGUACGCGCCUUUGGAGCCGCUCGGCUUCUUGCUGCCCAAGAAGGUGGUGAUCGAGGACGACCAAGACGCCGCCGCGGACCAAGGCGACGUUUCCGCUUCUGGCGCAAGCACACCUCGUACCGCCAACGCCCUGGCUCCUCCUGAAGCAUCGGCGUCGCACAUCUCCGUCUCGCGGGUACCCUCAAAGACGCGCUACGACUACAACUUGUCCUUCCUCUCGCUCACCUACUUUACCGAGACGGCCAUCUUCGGCAUCAUGGCCUUCAAAUUGCAGUACGCGCAGGAGCAGUUCAUCUGGGGAUCCGCCGAGCUCGGAACGUAUCUCACGUUCCUCAGCAUUACGCGCGUGCUCGCCCUCACCGCCGUCUUGCCGCUUGUCAUCAAGCUGCUCCAUCGACCCGUCAAGGCGCUGCGUCUGCCGCAGGACGGUCCGCCCGUGGAAGAGGAGCAGACGGUCGCGCCUGACUCGCGUCGACACUCGACACUCGACGACGAGGGUAGACCGCAUCGCAGGAUGAGCUCGUACGGUGCCACGGGCCAGUCGAGCCCACUUCUUUCGGACAACGGCGCGGACGAGCAUUCACAGGACGACCGUGGUGACAGCGAAUGGGACGAAACGGAAAAAUCGGUCGAGGAACUCUGGACGCUCCGCGCCAAACAUCUACGCCUCAUCCACGAUAGCAAGUUCGACCUCAAGCUCGCCAAGAUCUCGAUGGUCGUCAACACCAUCUCUUACGGCAUGCUCGUCUUCGCCAAGACACCGCAGCUGUUCUUCCUCGCCACCGCCGUCACCUCGUUGGGCGGUGGUGGAGGAGCUGCCAUGUCUUCGCUGGCGUUGGCGUUGCUCAAAUCGCCUGCUGAUGCGGGCAAGCUGUUCGGCGCGUGGAGCAUCGUCUCCGCCAUCAGCGGUACCGUGGUCGGACCCAUCCUGUUUGCCGAGACAUUCAAACGCACCACGAGCAGCUUCCCAGCGGCGAUCUUUGCGGUGGGCACCGGGUUGUUUGUCAUUGCAUUGCUGCUUUUGUUCUGUGUGAAGGUGAGGAAGCCGAUCAGUCUGCCGGCAUUGCCGGCUCGACCGCAUCCGGCGGUAGGGACAGAGGAGAGGCAGGAAGAGGUGGGUAAGGCGGCGAAUGGUAGUUACAGGGCUUCGACUUUCAAGAAUGCGUUUACACUGAAGACGGCCAAGAAGGACGCGAGUGCGGGAGGAAAGAGCAGACCUGGUUUGCCGGAAUUCUGA